AUGGGUCAUGUUACUGUAGUGAUCAUGUGGAACGGUGUGUGCAUCGACGUGACCAGUUUUGAUGAUAGACAACACGAAAUGACGCAAAUGAUCAGCAAGUAUGACGGCUUAGCGGUUUAUUUUCGGAGAUUUCGUAUCCGUAGUAACGGAUGUGAAGAAGAGCCGAAAAGGAUUGAGAGAAAGAGACGAUUUACGUUCUCAACUCAUUUCCCUUUCGUAAUACUUUCUGAAAAUUACAAAUAUGCUUUGCUCAAGUAUUGAAAUAUCGCCAAAGUCUAGUGCACUUCCACUCUCCCCCGAGGAUUCGUUCCCUUUCAUCUUUUCUCUCUAAACUCGUUCAUUAGUGCUAACUUGUCUUCUAAUCUACCUCAAUUCCAAGUUUUUUCCUUCUUUCUCUCUCGCUCUCUUUUUCCCACACUCUUUUUGUUUUUUCUUCCGUUCCAUUUUUCCGACGUCUUCCGACUCCGCCCUGACUUCUCUUUUGCCUCUUCAUAUUUUCUUCAAAACGCAAAACGAAAAUAAGAACUUGUCGUUGCGCUGAAAACAAAUCCGUUUUGAUUUAAAAUUCGCUUCUCAGAGUCUCGAUCUCAAACUGCUGUGUGUCGACUCGUCCCGCCGGAUCGCUCACGCCUUCUAGACCGUGUAAGUUGUUUCAAAUAUGUCUUGUUUCAGUCCAAAUCUCACUCCAUCUUGCUUUCUUUUUCUCUUUUCUCCGCACAAUUUUAUGGCCGACUUCGAUCGUUAAAUCGGCGAACUUCUCGCCGCUUCUCCUUCCUUUUCUUCUCCGUUUUCGCCUCCCGUGCCAAUCGGUUUCCUCUACUUUUUUGUGUCUCUCUCUCGCUUGUUUUUGUUUUCCCGCCCGUCUUUUUUUCGUUCUCUGCUUCUCUCUCGCUCCCUCUCACUCUCCAGCACACACAAAACAACUGAAUAGUCAUGAUCAGAGGAGGCAGAGAGAUUCGGAGACGCAUAGACGCAGACAACAAGACAAGUAGCUGGUUAUCAUUGGGACCCCAUCGCCAGUGCCCGCCAAAACAUGUUUUUCGUUCUCUUUUUGCCCAUGUCGCGUUCGUUUCGGACUGCUUCGCACUGCAAAAAACGACUGGUACAUGUCUAGAAUUCUAGCCAUUCUUUCUCUGUUUCUCGAUGUUUGUCAACACUCCGAAAGAGGUGUAGCCAGUCACAGCCCCGAGUGUCUUCUGAUAACGAACCGAUGCCACUUUAUCAUCUGCAGAAGCAGCAACUUCGCGAGCAUUUUGUAGGAGAGAAACGGACGGGCGCUCUCCUCUUUUCGUUGACCAAAUCGGGCCUGGCACCGAGGUCUUGUGAUAAACAACAACAAGGAACGCGCGAGGUGUUGACUAUUCAAGACAAUGUUUAUCAGUCGGCUCCUCGUCGAAUAUGCUGGCCAAGCAAAACUUGCAUCUGGAGCUUUUCAUACUGGAAGUGAAUAUCAUUGUCCCACCCAAUUUCCCAUGAUCUUGCUAAACUUUUCGAUCGCUCUUCGUUAGUAGUCCAAUUUCAUCUUUAUUCAUUUCGUUUGAUUUCGAAAAACUCAAAAAACCCAUACGCCACUGCAUUGGCAAAACAACUAAUUAUCGGUGUGAUGCUCCGUCGUCGCCAGGCUCCGCCCACUUUCGCCUUUCCAUACAUAAUUCACACGUGGCGCCACCCGGUGUCUCUUUCGCUCCAUCCUGGCGGUGUCCGCGCCGUUUCCGCGUGCAAAUAAACAAAAACAACUCGAAGGGCGGUGGUCGGCGGGGCUCGCGGAGUCGAGUGCCGGCCUGUUCCGUCUCUCACUCAUUCGCUUUCAGAUAAGCGGCUCCGCCCACUUUAUGUUUGUCGCUCUUCCAAACGAACACUAUUUUCACAAGUCGCUCCUCUAUUUUUGAUUUGAUCAUACAUGUGUAAUUGACGGAAAACAAGACAGACGCACAGCCCACAGAAAGAGAGACCAACUUCGCGUCCUUCCUUUUGCUACCAGUUUGAUUGGCCACCCCCUUCGUUUUUUCGUUCGUUCCGACGUCGAUGAGGCCCCACCCUGAGAGAGUGAUUAUCGAUCGAAUCCUCUGAUUUCUAGACACCUCCCUCUCUUUUUCCCGGCGUCUCUAAUAGUGUUCACCGUUUGUUUUUAUUUUUGUUAUUUUGUGGGUCGGUCGUCCACCUCUCUUGCUGCCUCUCCUGUCUAUCCUUUCCUGGGUUUUUUUCCUUUCUCUUCUUAUUGUUCUCGCCCGUAAUUAAUUUUUUUUGCAGAGGUGUAGUGGUCGAAAGCAGUUCAGUCUCAGCAGCUAUCAGAAUCAGAAGCAGAUCAGAAACCAGUUAAUCCAGUCGUAUAUCCCUCAAACAGUGUACAAACAAGAUGACUACCACAGCUACGGGAGCAUCAGUUCGAGAGACUAGCCCAGCGGUAGAUGGACACGAGGAGGCUCGUCUCAACGCCGACUCGGACGACGGGUCGCACGGAUCACAGGAUCCGGGCAAGAUGUUCAUUGGCGGGCUCAGCUGGCAAACCACCGCUGGUGAGUUAAAGACGGCAGAGUAAACACAAAUAAUUGGGGGAAACUAGGGAAGUUGCGCACAUUUUGCAAAAAGUUAUUUGGAGGAAAUCUGGACGGAUUUUCUGCUAGGGGAUAAAUUGCCACGUCACAAAAAAGGCUCGAAUUGUGUAAAGUAAAAUAUUAUCAGACAGGGACUCGUUUAUCAUAUCAAACCCAAUUAUCUGGCCGUUAUUUAUCGAAACAAACCUUAAAGUCAACAAACCACUUUUUAAGAACCAAAACAUUGUGGCUGACCACAAACUUUAUUUGAGAACUUUUUGGUUUUCUGCGCCUCCACUCACAGUAUCCAUCUCUUCCGAAGUUCUCGUGUUUACCAUCCCACCACUAGCUUCCUCCCCCGUUCUGAUCUCUUCCGAAAUGGCCACCAUUCCCCGCUUCCCUCCAUUCCAAAAUGCGUUGUUUUCGGUCUAUGCGAACGAACUGGUACGGUAUCUCGACUGGGAAGGGAAACAAUGGGCGAGAAGCAAAACAACUUUGCAGAAAAGGGGAACGAAUGUCUGCAAUCUUUGCUUCAACUUGUUCUUUUUGCAGAAAACCUCCGAGACUAUUUCGGUCGAUUCGGGGAGGUGAACGAGUGUAUGGUUAUGCGGGAUCCGGCCACGAAACGGGCCCGCGGGUUUGGAUUCAUUACUUUUGUAGACCCAUCUAGCGUCGAGCAGGUAAGACGAAAAGACGCCUACACAUUCGUAGCGUUCACUUGUUCCAGGUGCUCAACACCCACGACCAUGAGCUCGAUGGGAAGAAGAUAGACCCGAAGAUUGCUUUUCCGAAAAGAACCCAAACCAAGGUUGGUGGAACUGAUCUAUUAGAGGAGAGAUCCGCACCACGCCACGAGUUCCAUCCGAGAAAGGUGCAUUUAAGAUAUUUUGAAAGAGAGCGAGAGAGAGAGAGAGAGAGCGAGUGAGAAGCCAUUAGAUAUCCCCUGUUAGAGUUUCUAUGGGAGUUCAUAGUAAUUGAGGGGCAAUUAGGGCGGCCCAUAGGUGAGAAAUGGGCAACGAAAAGUGACGGAAAGUGGGGUGGCAAGACGAAUGGAAAGGCAGAGGGUGAAUGCCUUUUGACUUUUGCGAACGCUUCGAGAACACUUGAAAAGCUGUACGACACGGUCCCCGAUCGCGAUUCUUUUCUAAAAACCACAGAAAAGUUCACCGGCCGGCUUCGACCACUACAUUUUCUUGUUUGGCACCGCCACACUCAAAAAUAUGUAUAUAUGCAAAUGCGAUUGUCGAGAAGAAGCGCUAAUUCGAUUUGUGACUCUGCCGAGUCGUCCGUCUUCGUUCGGUCGGUGCUGGUGGGAAAGGCCGACCAGAUAAAUCUCGGCGAAUUUCCGUUCUGGAGCCCCAUCCCUCGCAGCGCAUUCUUCUCGCGCUUUCUUUUCUCAUAAACGAAAUCGUUUUGUUGUCGGACAAAACAAGGUGUUCAAUGGAGCGCGCAUGACUGAAAACAGACGCAUCGGAGCUAUUUAACGGUGGAAAGUGAGUGAUGUGGCGACGACAACAGGAGCAGAAGACGGAGAAGAAAAAGAAGGGGCGCUGAGUGUACACAACAAUUCGGUGGGUCCCCCCACCUAAUUGCAGGCUUAUUUUAUAGAAAUACCCCCUUCUUUUCCUCGUUUCUCACUACGUUAAAGCGACUGUGUCAGACGCACAUUCAUUCCUUUUUUCGCAUUGUUCCAUUGGUUUAUAAAUGUUUUUGAACAUAAAUCAGUGCAAAUGAUUAUGUUCGUGAACACGAAAGCGACGGCGGUCCGCUCUUUUCUCCUUCAAUUCGAAAUCCUUUAAAGCCCCCGCUCACUCUAGACAAACGGAGAAGAAAUAUUGGUUUUGAAUUGAACGAAGAUUUCAUUGAAUAGGAGGAGACGCAGCCCAACUUUUUGUUAACUUGCGUGAUAGAUGGGAGAUUAAAGCGAUGGACGGGCGAAGAAUGAGGCGGGGUUUGAAGGCGAUAAGAGGAGAACAGUUCAGAAUCCGAAUUCUGCGCCGCAUCACCUGUCUCCACUCUGUUCCGUAUAGCCCAUUCGGCGCUUCCGAAGAGUGCAUUUGGCAGUUGAUCGGUGCUCUUUCUCCCUUCACGGCUUCUUGCCUCUUCCUCCCAAUCCAUCCACUUUCACGACGAGCCCCAUUCCGUCACAUCAUCUCAAAUUACACCCCAUCACACCAAAUCCAUGUCAACUUUUGUUUGCCGGGGGCCUCCUCCUCCGGCGAGCGCGACGGCACGACGACUUCCUAGACGAGCGAGGACGGCGGAAAGUCGUUGAGUAGCUACCUACAGGAGCAAAAAUAAGCCAAGUAAUCCGUCACUUGGAAGCCUCUCUUUUCUCCUUCUUCUCCUCACCGAUUUGGCCUCUUUUUGUCCAUAAUGGCUCCUUCCCGCCCCCUUUCUUCUUCCUUCCUUCGCUCCUUGGAAGGACCCGUUUGGGGCGGUCCAUCAGGUUGAGAGCCGGAGGACCCUCUCUCAAACGCUCUCUUUGCGAGCGUGCCGCGCACCCCUUCAAAAGCUCAAACCACUUUUCAUUCGAGCAUACACAAGCAGGGCUGCUCCGAGAGCAUAUUCACGCGUCGUCGUGCUCUUCCUUACUUACUUUUAAUCGGUCUGCAACCCCCCGCUUCCCCCCUUUCGUCCUCACCUCCGCCGCUCUUUUCGUCUUCUUUUCUUUCGGCGCCCAAACUAUAUUAUACCCACUAGACGUUGCCCAAUCCCAACGAGAGACUGUUACAAAAUGGCUUACGUGGCAUACGGUGUCCCACAAUUGGCCGCCAUACCAUCGGUAGCCGGCAUUGGAGUACGUGGCGAGAUGACGCAGAGCUGGUUGCUAACUCCUAACGGAUUGCAGCUUGUCACCAAGACAAAGAAAGUGUUCAUCGGGGGACUGUCGGCGACGUCGACUCUUGAGGAUAUGAAAAUGUACUUUGAGACGUACGGAAAGGUAGAAGACGCCAUGUUGAUGUACGACAAGGCCACACAAAGACACCGAGGUAAGUCGGGGAAGACGCAGUGCAUUUCCAUUUCAUUCACUUCAGGCUUCGGAUUUGUCACUUUCGACAGCGACGAAGUAGCCGACAAAGUGUGCGAGAUUCAUUUCCACGAAAUCAACGGAAAGAUGGUGGAGUGCAAGAAAGCACAGCCGAAGGAGGUUAGUCUUGCGGGAAACGGAACGAAUUCGCAUGUCUGGUGGAGCCAUUGUUGCAGGUGAUGCUUCCGGUCCAACUGAACAAGUCCCGCGCAGCCGCCGCGCGAAACCUCUACGGAAUGCCACCGGAGACGUUGCUCGCCUACGCCCAAUAUUUGCCGCGAUUCGGAAACAAUCUCGUGUACCCCAACUUUGGAAAUGGUGAGUGAAUCGGUCCAUGGGGAGCCGCAGAAUGGGUUCGGGUCUGAUGAAGAGAGAAAGAGAGCGAGCAAGAGUGGAUUGGUUAAGUUGAUAGGGGUCCAUUAAAAUGUACGACUAGAACUGUUUUAUAUCUCCACCCAACAUUUUUGCAUUCUUCAGAUAUACUUUCAGUAUUCAACAGUAUUCCGGGCGGCUACUCGGGCCUCAGCACCCCAGGCGGCUCCUCUAACCGUCCUCCUCACCAAUUUGACGCCGCCAAUCUAUACGGUCUGAACAACGGAGGACAACAUUUGGGAAUGGAAUCGCAGCCGCCGAUGUUCAUGAAUCCGCAAGCAUACCACAGUCACAACAAGUACUAG